AUGCUGGAGUGGUGGCACAAUGGGGAUGAAGCACGGGGAGGGCGCUUGGCGUUUAUCGGAACGGAACAGCGGCUUCCCGAAGAUCUUCGAGAGCUAGAGUUGAUCGAUUUCUUGCGUUUCGCCCUCCCAACUAACCGCAUGAGACGUUUCAGAAUCUUGAGGGCAUUCAACCGAGCUCGUCAGCCUCACACCCCACUCCUACCAUUCCUUUUACAAACCCGGUUCCACAGCAAAUUCCCAGAAAUGGUCGAUACAGAGCCAAAUGUCGCAUCUACGGCAUCUCUACCUAGUUGCCAAACACCACAAGUUCCCACAGAGUCAUCCACUGCCGAGAAGCCGCUUCCCAAGCUCUCUACCGCUGAAUUCCAUGCAUAUAAUCAUAUGGCUGAACACAUGGAUUAUUUCCACAACCACUUCCGCGAAACAUGGAAUCUACUGUAUACGGCAUGUGAAACCCAAAAACGACCUAAAGGGAUGAGCAUUCGACAAUUCCUGGGUGUUGGCCAAGAGUUCGUGCGACACUUGACCACGCACCAUACCAUCGAAGAGCGGCAUAUUUUCCCAAUACUUGCGAGGAAGAUGCCGGCCUUCCAAAAAGAGUUGGAAUUGCUUACUCAGCAUAAGCAGAUUCACAAGGGCCUGGACAAGUUAGAAGAGUAUUUGGAAGGGUGUCGAAGUGGCGAGAGAGAAUUGAGGAUGAGGGAGCUGAAGGACAUUUUGGAUGGCUUUGGCAAGGUGCUGUGGCAACAUCUAGAUGACGAGGUGGCACAGUUGGGGGCAGAGAACAUGAGAAAGUACUGGACUAUUGAGGAGAUGAGACGUAUGCCGAUGUAG